AUGCCUUCUUGUGUUGUGAAAUGGUGUAAGAAUAAUUCCAGUUCGUGCAAUAAAACUGCUGGAAUCACUUUCCACUCAUUUCCACAAAAUACUAUUCUUAGAGAACGAUGGACAAAAGCAGUUCGUUUGCAAAGACAGCAAUGCAAUUGGAAUCCAAACAUGUAUUCCAAAAUAUGUUCUAUACAUUUCAAAGAGGAUGACUUUUAUACAUCAGCAAAUGGAUAUCAUUUUCUGAAACAAUCAGCAGUACCCAAUUGUAUGAUGGUGUUUUCCAGUUUGAAAAAGUUGCAUUUGUCUGACAAUCAACAAAUAUUUAUGUCUGCCGUCAAAAAGAACUUAAACCCCAAACCCAUAAGUUUGUCAAGUUCUCAGGGUGAUCAUCACGUAAAUGAGGAGGAAACCACGGAAACAUCUGAAGUGGAGGGGUUUACUGAACCCAGGAAUUAUAUCACUGCAAACAAUGUAACGCAACAAGAUAAAGAAUUUGAAUUCCAGGUGUGCAGAAUCUGCUUAGCGACUGACAGAAAAAUGUAUAGUCUGUGCCGGAGCAGUCUCAGAACGGUUUAUGAAGACGUCACAGGUUUAAGGGUUAACCUAACAGAUGGACUGCCUAAAAUGCUUUGUUGGGAAUGCAGGCAUAGACUUGCCUCGUGUAGACAAUUCGUGGAUCGUGCGAACCACGCGGAAAUGCUGCUGAGGAAGCUGAUCGGUGAUGGAUGCUAUUUGUACAGCUUCAACAGUCUGAAAUCGAUUGACACGCAAAAAGAGAACUUAAAGUCAAACCUUACAAAAAUAAUACAUCCGCCAAAUGACUUUGACAUAAACGUGUUCGAAAUUAGUUUAUUAAAAGAUGUGAACGAUCAAACAAACAUAAAAAUAGAACCAUUAAGAGAUAUAGAUACAAACAUAGAGAUACCGAUGAAUACUGAAGUAAAAGAAGGUAUCACUGUACCAAACGAACAGCCAAAUGUUGGACAGUUUGAGACAUAUUCACCUAAAUCUCUAAUUAAUUACGAAAUGGAAAUUAAUGAAAAUGUUUUAGAUUCAAACGAAGACGCUUAUAAAGAUCCAAUAGAAAUUGAUACAAAAAAAGAAAUUAUCCAUAAAGCAAAUGAACAUGAAAAUUUUGUUCAAUUCAAAUCUCAUUCACCUGAGUACCUAACUGAUUUUGAAAUGGAUAUGAUGGAAAGUAAUAUAGAAUUAAACGAAGACUAUUCUGUUGAUCGAGUAAAACAUGUAGAAAUACCAAUAGAGACUGAAGUAAAAGAAGAUGUAAUCGGUGAAUCAAACGAUUGGACAAAUCUUGGACAGUCAGAAAGUGGUUCACUUUCAUCUCUAACGGAUUAUGAAACGGCUACGAAUGAAGCUGUUUCAGAUCUAAAAGAAGACGACUCUGUACAUACCAAAUGUAAAGAAAUGAAAGCAGUUAAUGAAAUGCAGAAGAAAAACGUGAAAGUGAUUAAAAAUGACAGAAAAAAGAAGAAGUCUUCAGAAGUGCUGAACCCCGCACUGUUUAGUAUCACUAAUUUGUCGUACAGAGAUCAAGUUAAUGAAAUAGAGAAAAGAAAAGAGAGUGACAACUUUAAACUCUCUCAUUAUAAAUGUAUGGAGUGCUAUAAAGGGUUCAUUGACGAAGAUACUUUCAAUGCUCAUAUGUUACGGCAUUCAGAUAAAUACGGCCCCCACGUUUGCGAUAUCUGUAAGAUACACUUCAGUAAGCGAGUUGCACUGCUCAAACACAUCCACAACCACAUGCAGAGGUUUAACUGCAAACACUGUUCCUUUGUCACCACCAGACGAAACGCGGUGAAGAUGCACGAGGCCUACCAUAACGGCACCAAGUACCAGUGUCCGCACUGCCCGGAAAGUUUUGUCAAAUCCACCACGUACCUGGGUCAUUUGCGAAUAAAGCACCCGUCGGACUUCGUGUGCGAGUUGUGCGGGAACUCGUUCAUUGGUAAGAGAGGGUUGGCGCAGCACAAGAAUCUGAAGCACCGCUUCGAUCAACUGGCGGUGCCGGAAGAUGGUCCGUGCUGCGAGAAGUGUAACAUCCGGUUCGUUUCAAAAGAGGCGCUGCAGACACAUUUGAACCUAUCCAGCAGGCAUAAAGACGAACUGAAGCCAGAGGUGCAAAAGGGCCGGACACCGACGGACUUCGAUGCGUUGAGUGAUAAUAACAUAAUGCCUCGUAAUGAAAAGAGAAAGAGAAAGAAGCGCAGAUAUAGAAGCAGGAAACAGGAAGGUCCCGUUCCUUGCGAGCAGUGUGAAAUGAUACUGGCGGACUAUUUGGCGUAUUUCAGACACUUCAGGAGGGAGCACCCGGGCAUGCAUCGCACCAAGUACGCAUCGAAGAGGAGCCAUUUUAUGUGCGAGGUGUGCGGGAAGAUGUUUCAGGGAUUCUCUACAGAAGCUCCUAACAGACCUAGAGCUUUCUUGUUGACACCAUCCAAGUUGCAAACUGAAGCGCAUAUAUUAAGUCCAGCAUCAAAGCAAGAACUUAAUACCUGA